AUGACCUCUGUCCCUGGUACUGAUCAAGGCACUGAUGUGGAUCUGGAAGGCGACAAUAAUGAUGGUGAUGCUGAAGACACUGAUGUGGAUCAAGUUCCUCCUACUGAGGAAAUCAGUGCUCCAGCUGAAUCAAGAACUGCUGGCCCUUCAUCUAGUAGAACAAAAGGAAGUAGAACUGCUAACAGGAAGAGAUCAAGGGCUGCGCAA